GUAGAGCGACGCUCACACAUGCCUGUAGUGUUUCUGUCACAUCAGUAUGGCAACAGUAAAAGUCAGCGAGGCUGAAAAAGUCUACAUUUUACACGGUAUUCGGGAUGAUUUGCGGGUGGACGGAAGAGGCUGCGAGGACUACAGACACGUGGAGAUAGAGACUGAUGUGGUGUCCAACACGGACGGAUCUGCCAAAGUCACACUGGGUUACACAGCAGUUCUAGUUGGGAUUAAGGCUGACAUUGGAAAACCAAAACCCAUGGUGCCAAAUGAAGGAUAUCUGGAGUUUUUUGUUGACUGUUCAGCCAAUGCAACCCCUGAAUUUGAAGGCAGAGGAGGUGAGGAGCUGGGGACGGAGCUGAGUAACACUCUCUACAAAGUCUUCAACAACAAACACAGCGUGGACCUGAAGAGCCUGUGCAUCAGUGCAGGAGAACACUGCUGGGUGCUCUACGUGGACGUGCUGCUGCUGCAGUGUGAUGGAAACUUGUAUGAUGCCAUUUCUAUAGCUAUCAAGGCCGCGCUCUUCAAUACAAAAAUUCCCAGAGUGCACAUAUCGGCAGACGAGGAAGGAGGAAAGGAAAUUGAGUUGUCGGACGACCCGUACGACUGCAUGAGACUCGAUGUAGAAAAUGUCCCCUGCAUCGUGACCUUGUGCAAGGUGGGCCACAGACACGUGGUGGACGUGACUCUGCAGGAGAAGGCGUGCUCUGUGGCGAGCCUCAUCAUCUCUGUCACGCACAAGGGCACCAUCACCUGCACGAGGAAGGUGGGCGGAGGCAGCCUGGACCCAGAGAGCAUCUUUGAAAUGACAGAGGCAGGUAAACGGGUUGGAAAAGCUCUUCAUGCUCCACUCAUGGCACUGCUGCAACAGGAGGAGAGUUUGGGAAAGAAGAGACAGAAAGUUGGCUUUUUGGGUUAAAAGCACCGUGUGUAUGUAGAUGUAAACAUCGUUUUCUAAUAAAACCUUUUAUAUAUA